AUGCGUCGAAUCUCAUGCCUGGCGCUGGCGUGCCUUGCUUCCGGCCAAGGCGCCGAAACCAACACCUCGACGAGCCUUGGGCCCAUGAUCCCGGUGGCACACCGGCGCCGGCGCCGGCAUAGCAAUCCCUUCCGGGGCUCGCCCAUCGUGACCCCUGGGGCAGAGAUCGACUGCUCGCAGACCUGCGGCAAUGUCUGGAGGGAUUGCCCGGACUGGCCAAUGCGGCUCUGCGUGUAUGACGGGUACUGCGAAGAGCGAGUCUGCUUGCACAAAAUGCUUUUCCCGAUGCUGGGAUCUGAUGCCUCGUUUUUCUUCGUGAUCUUCAUCGUGUCCUUCCUUGCAGGGGCCCCGGGCAUUGGCGGGGGCGGCAUCAACGUGCCGCUGCUGAUGAUGUUGAACCGGUUCACCAUCAAGGAAGCUGUUCCCAUCUCCCAUAUCGCAGUCAUGGGCAACGCGCUGUCCCAGCUGCUGGUGAACACCCAGUUGCGGCACCCCUCGAUGGCUAAACGCCCGCUGAUCCAUUACGAAAUGGCGGCGAUCCUCCUCCCAGCGAUGCUGGGUGGCAACUCCUUGGGCAUCGUGGUGUCCAAAGUCUUCCCCCCCACGCUGCUGGUGGUGCUGUCCCUGGUCUUGUUGCUUCUCACCUCCGCCAAGACCACCCUCAAAGGAGGGGUCGAACAGCAUGGGAUCGGAUGA